GAGCAGCGCCGGGCGGGAGCCCGCUCCACUGCGGGAGGGAGCAUGAGCUGCCGGCUGCUUUCCCUUCCCUCUCACAGCUGAAUCGCUUUUAUUUUAAAUUUUUUCUCCCCCCCAGCUUUUUAUGCUCAGCACCGGGGGAGCCGGGAGAUUUUGUGGCCACUGAUAUAUUUUGAUUUAAAAUCGCUGUCAGUGGACGUUUCUCCUUCUGCUCCGGCAUCGUUGUCCUGUUCACAGCUAUUUAGGCUUAAGAAGCUUGAUUCUCUAAGGCUCGUAUCCAAGGGCAUCAGUCAUUAACACACUGAGCUACAUCUGCUUCUUGGCUAAGACUGAAGAAAGACAUCUUAAGCUGGAAAUCCUGCUCGCUCACUCUCUAGUGCGUACGGAAGGGGAAGCAUAUGCAGCAGCAGGUUCUUUUUUUUUUUUUUUUUUUUUUUUUUUUUUUUUAAUUCCAAAGGCUGCCUCACUUUGGAGAUGCAGUGACAAGAUAAUGGAGUGAAAGUCGCUCAUUUCCAGGCAAGAAAAUUGCAGGAGUCAGAUAGAGAAAGGAAGGAACAAGUUACAGAGCAGAAAUAGGAAAGAGGACAGUGGUAAAGAACUGAAAAUAAAAUUAGAGGAAACAGGUGGAAGGCUGGCAUAGAGCUGGGCAAUAUUUUAGGCUGAAAGUGGUGUGGUUUUUUUUCUUUUUUUCUUUUUCCCUUUCCUUUUUUUAAAAGUUUUUUUAAAUUGGUUUUAUUGUUGAUUUUAAAUUCUAAGCUGAUUUUGGAGAUCUCUGCAGUGACCAGGCUGCUUUAGAGUAGAACAGCUUCCCAGCGUGUCCUUUUCUCUCUCCCUGCCUGCUGUCUCUGCUGUUGCUGCUGCUGACAGAAACGUGUUAGGAGAGCAGAAAGAGAAAAUGCCAGCCAUCCUGGUAGCCUCCAAAAUGAAAUCGGGACUACCUAAACCCGUACACAGCGCUGCUCCAAUCCUGCAUGUUCCAACGGCCAGGACCAUCCCACAGCCCUGUUACCUGAAGUUUGGGAACAAGGUGGAGGUGACGAAGCCAUUGUAUUCCAGCCAGAUUCCUCUCAAAUCUUCCAAUGGACAAGAAAACGCAGGAGAUGGCCUCCCAGCAAGGAAGAGUAGCUCGGUAGAAAGUGGAUUUGACACACAGAUUUAUACAGAUUGGGCUAAUCAUUACCUAGCAAAAUCUGGUCACAAGAGAUUGAUAAAGGAUCUACAGCAAGAUGUGACUGAUGGAGUCCUGCUAGCUGAAAUAAUCCAGGUUGUAGCAAAUGAAAAGAUUGAAGACAUCAAUGGCUGCCCAAAAAAUAGGUCUCAAAUGAUUGAAAACAUAGAUGCAUGCCUGAGUUUCUUGGCUGCUAAGGGGAUUAACAUCCAGGGGUUGUCAGCAGAAGAAAUCAGGAAUGGGAAUCUAAAGGCCAUCCUGGGCCUCUUCUUCAGCCUGUCUCGAUACAAGCAGCAGCAGCAGCAGCAGCCCCACCACCAUCCGUCCCAGCAAGCAGGGCCUCCGUCCCAGUGCCAGGUGGGGGUCCCGCAGCAGCAGGUGCCAGCUCCGCUCCACACUCCGUGCCAACAGCCCCCACAAGCUCUGCAGCAUCAGUUCAAAGCACAACCAGAAAUGCAGUCCAGUGCAUCUCCCAGGGACUCAUCUCAAAGCAAAAUCAUCCGAUUCACUCUUGGUCAGAAAAGGUCUUCUAGACUUCCAGGUCCCACCACGAGGGUGUCCGCUGCGGGCAGCGAGGCCAAAGCUCGUGGUUCCAUCAGUGCCAACAACCGACGCAGCCAGAGCUUUAACAACUACGACAAAUCUAAGCCUGGACUUCCCCCUCCAACCCCAACAAGCAGCAAUGACAAAGAGCCUGCAGACAGCACAGCCUCCCAGCCCACAGGAAUGAAUGAAAAUGUCUCAUCCUCAGUUCAAAGCUGCGGCAGUGCUGUUCCUUGCAAUAACUCCUCAGCCAUCCCUCAGCCCAGCUCUGCUAUUAAACCUUGGCGCAGCAAGUCCCUCAGUGCCAAGCACACAGCGACGUCUUCCAUGUUAUCCGUAAAGCAGCCAGCAGUGGAACCUCCAAAGCCACCCUCGGAAAUUGCCAAAACAGCUCCCAACGGUCAGAAAUCCAUGCUGGAAAAACUAAAACUCUUCAACAGCAAAGGAGGUUCCAAAGCAGGAGGGACAACGCUGGAGUGCCCGGGGUCUCGGGACAACAGCUGUGAAAAGCUGGAGACGCUUCUCAGCUUCGAGGAGAGUGAAGAAAUCGAUGCCACCAAUCAGAAUGUGAACAACCCAGGAUCGAUGUCCAGCAGCCCCAAAAUUGCACUCAAGGGAAUUGCACAAAGGACUUUCAGCCGCGCACUGACUAAUAAGAAAAGUUCUCCAAAGGGUAAUGAGAAGGAGAAAGAGAAACAAAAAGAGAAAGAAAAGGAUAAAAGUAAAGACAUUACAAAGAGAACAUCCAUCACCGAGAAGCUGGACCUGAAGGAGGAACCUAAAGAAGAACAGACAGCAUUAACAGCAACAACAGAAAUGCCAAAAAAGUCCUCCAAGAUCGCAAGCUUUAUCCCUAAAGGAGGGAAGCUGAGCAGUGCCAAGAAGGAGGCCUCUGCCCCUUCGCACAGUGGAAUACCAAAACCAGGAAUGAAAAACACCACAGGGAAAUCCUCAAGUGCCCCUGUUCCUGCAAAGGAAGGCGAGAGGAGCCGUGGCGGGAAAGCCGGCUCGGGGCUGUCGCAUCAGAAGUCCCAGCUGGACAGCCGUCAUUCCAGCUCCUCCUCCAGCCUGGCCUCCUCCGAAGGGAAGGGCGUCGGGGGCCUCCACAGCAGCAGCAGCAGCCAGGCCGUGAACGGGCCCGCGGUGACGACCCACACCACGGGGAGCAACACCGUGAGUGUGCAGCUACCUCAUCCCCAGCAGCAAUACAGCCACCCCAACACCGCCACCGUCGCGCCCUUCAUGUACAGAUCUCAGACAGACAAUGAAGGGAACGUGACAGCCGAGGCCAGCACAGGAGGGGUCAGCAUGGAUUCUGCUCUCUAUGUCAAAACUGCCCAGCCUGCCCUCGAGGACCUCUCAGGAGAGGAUCCGGAGACUCGGCGGUUGCGAACGGUGAAGAACAUCGCUGACCUUCGGCAGAACCUGGAGGAAACCAUGUCCAGUUUACGGGGAACCCAGGUCACCCACAGCACAUUGGAGACCACGUUUGACACCAACGUCACCACCGAGAUCAGCGGCCGCAGCAUCCUCAGCCUGACGGGCCGGCCGACGCCGCUGUCCUGGCGACUGGGCCAGUCCAGCCCCCGGCUGCAGGCCGGUGACGCGCCGUCCAUGGGGAACGGGUACCCUCCCCGCGGGAACGCCAGCCGCUUCAUCAGCGCCGAGCCGGGCGCCGGGCGCUACCUGUACUCGGCGCCGCUGCGGCGGCAGCUGGCCACGCGCGGCAGCAGCGUCUGCCACGUGGACAUCGCCGACAAGGCCGGCGACGACAUCGACCUCGAGGGCAUCGCCAUGGACGCCACCGGCUACAUGAGCGACGGCGACGUGCUGGGCAAGAACAUCAGGGCUGACGACAUCACCAGCGGGUACCUGACGGACGGCGGGCUGGGGCUGUACACGCGGCGGCUGAACCGGCUGCCCGACGGCAUGGCCGCGGUGCGGGAGACGCUGCAGCGCAACACGGCCCUGGGGCUCGGCGACGCCGACAGCUGGGAUGACAGCAGCUCUGUCAGCAGUGGGAUCAGUGACACCAUAGACAAUCUCAGUACUGAUGACAUUAACACCAGCUCCUCUAUCAGCUCCUAUGCCAACACACCUGCCUCCUCCCGCAAGAACUUAGAUGCACAGACUGACGCAGAAAAGCAUUCCCAAGUGGAGCGGAAUUCCUUAUGGUCCGGUGAUGAAGUCAAGAAAUCCGACGGGGGAUCUGAUAGCGGCGUAAAAAUGGAGCCGGGAUCUAAAUGGAGGCGGAAUCCCUCUGAUGUGUCAGAUGAGUCUGAUAAAAGCACUUCUGGUAGGAAGAACACUGUUAUUUCCCAGACGGGCUCCUGGCGACGGGGCAUGUCGGCUCAGGUUGGCAUUACCACACCAAGGCCUAAACCUUCAACCACCUCAGGCACAUUAAAGACACCUGGAACAGGGAAAACUGAUGACGCCAAGGUAUCAGAAAAGGGUAGACUAUCUCCUAAAGCUGGACAUGUUAAACGUUCCCCAUCAGAUGCAGGACGCAGCAGUGGUGAUGAAUCCAAAAAGCUUCCCACAAGUAACUCUAGGACAGCUGCUGCUAAUGCUAAUGCAUUUGGAUUUAAGAAACAGAGCGGGUCAGCCGUAGGCAUGACCAUAAUCACUGCCAGUGGGGCAACUCUCACCAAUAGAUCGGCUACCUUGGGAAAGAUCCCCAAGUCAUCUGGACUCAUGGGUAGGACCACUGGUCGGAAGACUAGUGUUGAUGGCUCCCAGAACCAGGAUGAUGGCUACUUAGCACUUAGUGCACGAACUAAUCUUCAGUACCGUAGCUUACCCCGGCCCAGUAAAUCCAGUAGCAGAAGUGGAGCUGGGAAUAGAUCUAGCACAAGUAGCAUAGACUCCAACAUAAGCAGCAAGUCAGCUGGGUUGCCUGUCCCUAAAAUCAGAGAGCCUGCCAAGGUAAUCCUUGGAAGCUCUCUGCCAGGAUUAGUCAAUCAGACUGAUAAAGAGAAAGGGAUUUCGUCUGACAACGAAAGCGUGGCUUCAUGUAAUUCUGUUAAAGUGAACCCUGCAUCACAGACUGCUGCUAGCGGAGCUCAGAGUACCCACCAGCAAGGAGUCAAGUACCCCGAUGUGGCCUCUCCCACUCUGCGCAGACUUUUUGGUGGCAAGCCUAGUAAACAAGUUCCCAUCACAACAGCUGAAAAUAUGAAAAACUCAGUAGUCAUCUCCAACCCUCACGCUACCAUGAACCAGCAGGGUAACCUUGACUCCCCAUCUGGCAGUGGUGUGCUGAGCAGUGGGGGCAGCAGUCCCCUCUAUGGUAAAAACACAGAUCUCAACCAGUCUCCACUGGCGUCCAGCCCCAGUUCUGCACACUCGGCUCCUUCCAACAGUUUGACGUGGGGCACCAACGCCAGUAGCUCUUCUGCAGUUAGCAAGGAUGGCAUUGGAUACCAGUCUGUCAGCAGCCUUCACACCAGCUGCGAAUCCAUUGACAUCUCCCUGAGCAGUGGAGGUGGGCUGAGCCACAACUCCUCCAGUGGCUUGAUUCCAGCCUCCAAGGAUGAUUCUCUGACUCCCUUUGUCCGAACCAACAGUGUUAAGACUACGUUGUCUGAAAGCCCUCUUUCUUCCCCUGCUGCUAGCCCCAAAUUCUGCCGAAAUACUUUGCCCAGGAGACAGGACAGCGACCCACAUCUUGAUAGGAACACUUUGCCUAAGAAGGGACUCAGGUAUACUCCAUCCUCCCAGCUCCGUAGUCAAGAGGAUGCAAAGGAAUGGCUCCGGUCCCACUCAGCAGGAGGACUGCAGGAUACUGCUGGCAAUUCUCCAUUCUCAUCUGGAUCCAGCAUAACAUCACCCUCUGGAACUAGAUUUAACUUCUCACAGCUUGCGAGCCCCACGACUGCAGCCCAGCUGAGCCUGUCCAACCCCAGCAUGCUGCGCACGCACAGCCUGUCCAACGCCGACGGGCCCUACGACCCUUACAGCGACACGCGCUUCCGCAACAGCUCCAUGUCCCUGGACGAGAAGAGCAGGACCAUGAGCCGCUCCGGCUCCUUCCGCGACGGCUUCGAGGAGGUGCAUGGUUCUUCUCUCUCUUUGGUGUCCAGUACGUCAUCUAUUUAUUCCACACCUGAAGAGAAGUGCCAGUCAGAGAUUCGCAAGCUACGGAGAGAAUUGGAUGCAUCCCAAGAAAAAGUGUCAGCUCUUACAACUCAGCUGACUGCUAAUGCUCACCUGGUGGCAGCGUUUGAGCAGAGCCUGGGGAACAUGACGAUCCGACUGCAGAGCCUGACCAUGACAGCAGAACAAAAGGACUCGGAACUGAACGAGUUAAGGAAGACAAUUGAACUCCUGAAGAAACAAAAUGCUGCUGCUCAGGCUGCCAUCAAUGGAGUCAUCAACACACCUGAGCUCAACUGCAAAGGCCCUGGAGCUGCUCAGCCCACGGACCUGCGGAUCCGGAGGCAGCACUCCUCAGACAGUGUCUCCAGCAUUAACAGUGCCACCAGCCACUCCAGUGUGGGCAGCAACAUCGAGAGUGACUCCAAGAAAAAGAAGAGGAAGAACUGGGUCAAUGAGUUACGCAGCUCCUUCAAGCAAGCUUUUGGGAAAAAGAAGUCUCCCAAGUCAGCAUCUUCUCAUUCAGACAUUGAGGAGAUGACUGAUUCUUCCUUACCUUCCUCACCAAAGCUACCACACCACAACACCACUGUUUCAACACCACUGCUGAGAGCUUCCCAUUCCAAUUCCCUUAUUUCUGAGUGCACGGACAGCGAGGCCGAGACGGUGAUGCAGCUGCGGAACGAGCUGAGGGACAAGGAGAUGAAGCUGACGGACAUCCGCCUGGAAGCCCUCAGCUCUGCCCACCAGCUGGACCAGCUGCGGGAGGCCAUGAACAGGAUGCAGAGUGAGAUUGAAAAGUUAAAAGCAGAGAACGAUCGGCUGAAAUCUGAAAACCACGGCAGCUGUAGCAGGGCUCAGUCUCAGGUUUCCAUCUCCUCCUCUCCCAGACACUCAGUGGGUCUCUCUCAACACAGCCUGAACCUCACAGAGUCAACCAGUCUCGACAUGCUGUUGGAUGACACUGGAGAGGGCUCUGCCCGGAAAGAAGGAGGCAGGCACGUCAAAAUAGUCGUCAACUUCCAGGACGAGAUGAAAUGGAAGGAGGACUCCAGGCCUCGCACCUUCCUCAUAGGCUGCAUUGGAGUCAGUGGGAAGACCAAGUGGGAUGUUCUGGAUGGGGUUGUGAGACGCCUGUUUAAGGAGUACAUCAUCCACGUGGAUCCCGUGAGCCAGCUGGGGCUGAACUCAGACAGUGUUCUGGGCUACAGCAUCGGAGAAAUCAAGCGCACCAACAGUGCAGAGACCCCGGAGCUGCUGCCCUGUGGCUACCUGGUUGGAGAAAACAACACUAUUUCAGUGACCAUCAAAGGUCUCUGCGAGAACAGUCUGGACGGGCUGGUGUUCGAGUCGCUGAUCCCGAAGCCCAUCCUGCAGCGCUACGUGUCCCUGCUGAUGGAGCACAGGCGGAUCAUCCUGUCCGGCCCCAGUGGCACGGGCAAAACCUACCUGGCCAACCGCCUGUCCGAGUACAUGGUCCUCAGAGAGGGCAGGGAGCUGGCUGAGGGCAUCAUUGCCACCUUCAACGUCGACCAUAAAUCCAGUAAGGAACUCCGCCAGUACCUGUCCAACUUGGCAGACCAGUGUAACAGUGAAAAUAAUGCUGUGGAUAUGCCUCUUGUCAUCAUUUUGGAUAAUUUGCACCAUGUUAGCUCCCUAGGAGAGAUCUUCAAUGGACUCCUGAACUGCAAGUACCACAAAUGUCCAUAUAUUAUUGGCACAAUGAACCAAGCCACCUCCUCCACACCUAAUCUUCAACUUCACCAUAAUUUCAGAUGGGUGCUAUGUGCAAACCACACUGAGCCAGUCAAAGGCUUUCUCGGCCGUUUCUUGAGGAGAAAACUGAUCGAGACGGAGAUCAGUGGCAGGAUGAGGAAUGCAGAGCUGGUUAAGAUUAUUGAUUGGAUUCCCAAGGUCUGGCAACAUCUGAACAAAUUCUUGGAGGCUCACAGCUCCUCUGAUGUUACUAUUGGUCCACGGCUCUUCCUCUCCUGUCCAAUAGAUGUAGAUGGUUCUAGAGUUUGGUUCACUGACUUGUGGAACUACUCCAUCAUUCCAUAUCUUCUGGAGGCAGUUAGAGAAGGGCUACAGUUGUAUGGGAGGAGAGCGCCCUGGGAGGAUCCUGCCAAGUGGGUGAUGGACACUUACCCCUGGGCAGCCACCCCCCAGCACCACGAGUGGCCUCCUCUGCUCCAGCUGCGGCCUGAGGACGUGGGCUUUGACGGCUACUCCGUGUCCCGGGAAGGCUCCACCAGCAAACAAGUUCCAGUGAGUGAUGCUGAAGGAGAUCCUCUGAUGAACAUGCUAAUGAGACUGCAGGAGGCAGCCAACUUCUCCAGUCCCCAGAGUUAUGACAGCGACUCCAACAGCAACAGCCAUCACGAUGACAUCCUGGAUUCAUCCCUGGAGUCGACGCUGUGAUCUUCUUCAGACAGAGAGAGGUUGUUUCCACCUGGCAAGAGCCCUGAUCACAGACUCACGAAAAGAACACGUUCCUGGGCUGGGAUCUCAGUAUUAGAGCUGCAAGAACAAGACACUUGGAGCAAUCUUGAACCUGGGUGCAGGCAACCCAAGCGACCUUUAUAUUGUUUUUCUUUUGACGAUGAUGAGAACUGCACUAUUCCUUUGUUUCCUUCUUUUUAGUUGCUGUAAGCUCUCAUGCCUAAGAUCCUGAAGAUGUUAAAAAUAAUCAUCAUUACUAAGUUGAAGGGACCGGGGGGGCAACUUCACAGCUAUGAAGCAAACAGCUUUGUGCCAUGUACUGUCUGGAAAGAGAGGGGAGAGGGAAUAUUUGCCUUUGCUGCUUCUGACCAAACACAUUUACGUGAGGGCUGGACUUUUACCAAUCAGCUUUGUGGAUUAAACUCAGCUUCAUAUAGUUCUGGUGCUAUAGCGAUAUCGCUUGCCUUGGGAAUAAUACUCAGUGAAGGCAAAGCUGCAAAACAGGGAAGUUUGGAUAAAUACUAAAAAAAGAGAAAAGGAAAAAAAAAACAAAAACAAAAAACGCUGCUCUCCUUGCCAGUCUGAGACCUUGGCUUUCUUUCAUUUUUUGUUUAUAAAGAUUAUAUAUAUAAAUAGGAAUAUAUAAAAAUAUAUAUACAGUCUGAACAAAUCAGGUUUUUUUCAAACACUGUGUAACAAUUCAAUCCUGCUACAAGUGAAAGAUCAGGUAGCCCUUUGCUAGUCAGGGCCCAAUUCUCUUCCCACUUACAUCCACACCACCAGCUGGGCUGACUUCUGUGGCAUUUACAUCCCACUGAUCCACCCUGAGGAGAGGGGGCUUCCCUCCUUCACAGAAGUCAGUGGAAGGGCUGUGCCCCAUGAAGUCCUACAGCUCCAAAGGACCCUUGGCAGUGCACAGGCAUGGUGAGCUCUGUACACAGAGGUGAGCUACACCCCUGCAAAGGGGUGAGUCAGACUUUGAGUUUUUAAUUCCAUGAAAUGUUACAGCUGUUUUCUAAAAACUUUGGGUUUUGUUCAGAGGUUUCAUUCCAAUCAGCACAACCUGGUUUUAAUUAACCAGGGGGUUAAUUAAAAUUCAGCUCUGUGGCAGUUCCAGAGCUUCUCUGGUGACAAUACUGACUUCCAUGACUUUUCUUUUUAAUUGCAAAGAAAAAAAAAUAACUAUUUUAGCAGUAUUCAGGUCUAGAAAAAAGAAGAUAAGGUACUGAGUACUGUGUGCUUUGAGUUUAGCUGUGCCACGCUUUUGAGUUGUGGCAGAGCUGUGAACCUGGUUUGGUUUCUCCUCCUCUGUGAACGCACAUACCCACACUAUCAGUGUUAAGGCUUGUACUUCUGUUGGGGAACAAGAACACCUCCCAAAGAGUUGCACUUUCCUGGUGACACCACCAUCCCCAGCAUGUCAGCUGUACCUCAGCCACCACCUCACUCCUCCGUAGGGAUUCAUACGAGCCUUUCCAGCUCUCCUUUGGUGCUGACUUUUAAAAGCGAUGCCUUAUUUUGUACUAAUUGUGUUUGAUUAAAUUAGUGCUGUAUAUUAUGGGAUUUUAUUUAAAGAAACAGGGCUAAAGUCAUCUCUUGAAAUAUCAUAAGUUGCUGUGAAUAUUGUUUGUGUGAGAUACUAGAAUUUGUUUAAAUGUGACAAAAAAAGGAGGGAAAUGAGAUAACAUUUCAGGUUCAUAUCAAUCCGCAGCUAAUAAAUCACUGAAGAGCUGUUUUAUCCAUGCAGGAGGGACAAAAAAAGCUUUUCAACUAUAAUAAAUUACAGGAAUAUGCUGGUUUUUCAAUGUACAGAAAGAAAUCUUAUUACAAACACUUUUUUAAGAGCUUGUGGGUUUAAAGGAACGUAACAGACAAAUUCAUGCUUCUGUGGCUCAGCUUGAGAGGAUCGUUUUAUUAUACCUCAUGACUUUCUGUAACAUAACUGUACUUUGUCUUACUAAGCUGGUCUUGAAUCUGCUCCUGUUACAACUUUUAAGUGCUGAUGACUUUUUUUUUUUAAAAAAGAAAAAUAUUGUAAAAGGAAAAAUUUAAAUAUUUUAAUGAUGGGGGGGAAGAGCUUGGUGUUGUUACUGUUUUAACCUUAUGAACUCUGAUUUAAUUAUUUCACUGAAUGGAUAACAAAGGUUACUCAGCCAAUUUUCCUAAUCCAGUUCUUGGUACUGUAAAAAAUGGGAUAGAUCUGUAUGGAAUCAAAUCCAUAGCAUGCUGAUGAUGACUUUGAGAGAAGUUAGUUUUUCCAGUAGUCUUGACAAUUCUGCUUCCCAGCACUGACUUUACCUGCUACUACUGUGAAUUUUGGUACCUAAUCCCCCAACUGAAUCCGUGCAGAUAGAGCAUGUGCCUGUAAAAAAAAUCCAGUUUUGCAGGGCUAGGGCUUUAAAUGGACUUGCUAUCCUAGAAAAUGUCUCGGUUGACCUUUAACUGAGUGCUAAAAGACAUGUUUAAAGUGGUGUUUUAUUUGUGGGGAACGGGGUAUUUUUUUUUCCCUCAUGUUUAAUCCUGUGCUUAAGCUCAGGAAGAAAUUUCUAUUACCUGUUAUUUUUUAUUGACACUAGCUUGGCUUAAAGUGAGAGGCAAUUUUGAAUAGGCUAGUCAUUCUGAGCAUCACAAUAUUCCGUGUCUUUCUGAAACUUCGGGAAGCAGGGUUACCUGUUGUGCACACAUCAUAGUUUUUAUCAAGACUUUUCAUAGAUUAAGUCUUUCUUUAAAUGACUUCCUUCUCAUUUAAGGCUUUUUCAAAACACCUCCUUUUUUUUUUUUUUCCUUUUUUUCCCUCCUUACAAAGUUGGCUUGUUUAAAAAAAUAUCAACAAGAAAUGCAAGAUUCUAUGCAACAUUCGUGUUGAGUUAUAAAUUGAGAGCGAAUAAACCAUUUUCUUUCCUUCAGAACUGCCAAGAAUGAUACAGGCCAUAAAUGAGAUGUGGUUUAUUUGGGGAAGGGGAGGGAGGGGGUUGGUUAGCCUUUUUGUACAUUUUGAAAGAAGCAAACUGAUAUUUCAUUCUUGAUGCUUAACUUCGAUAUUAUGUGUAUGAAAUCUUGUCUAAAUGUGGCAAUUUUCUUUCAAGAAAAAAAUAAUAUACAAAAACAAAGCAAAAAAAUCUUUGUCGAUAUUAAAUGGAAGGUUGCUGUUUUGAUCUAGUCGUUUCCAGUGGAACAGUUUAUGAAAUAUGUUCUAUAAGAUGUACAUUUUUUCAUUGUAACAUAGAAAUGUAAAUAUUUGAUUAAAAGUGCUGCAUUUUGAUGAAUUUUUUCUAGCCAUUUUUAAAGAGAAAACUAGGAAUUGAGUAUUUUGUGUACGUUUAUGAUGUUUUCCAUUUGCUCCUCUCCCUAUUUAAUUUUCAGUUCUCAUUUAGGAUUGGAAUUUGUGAAUGGUCUGUUUGAGAUCAUGCCUCCCCUUUCUCACUCUCCCCAUUUCUACCCCUUCCCCACCCCGUGUCAUGGAGAAUAAAGCUGAUGAUUGUACCAGUCUUAAAUUAUUCACAAUUCAAUAAAAUUGAUGCUUAUUUAUUCAGA